CUGGGCACGGAGAUGGUGCGCGCCAGAGUCGCCGCGGCGCAGGCGGACAUGCUGCAGGUGCGCACCAUGGUGCGCCGCGCGCGGCUCGUCUUCGAGGCGCUCCGGGGCCGCUACCACCGCAACCCCGAGCACCACCACGCGGGCCGCAACCGGGCCGACAUGCGGGCCCUCAGCGCCAUGAUCGACGGGGGGCUCUGCCUCUACCGCGACGUGCGCAUAGUCGGCCCCGUCCCCGGCGUCUUCGUCGGUGACGUCUUCAACUACCGCGCCGAGCUCAUCGUCGUGGGUCUCCACAGCGCCACGCAGGCUGGCAUCGGCUACGUGCCCGCCAGCCACCUCAGCGAGGGCCACCCCGUCGCCACCAGCAUCGUGUCCUCGGGCGCCUACCUCGACGACCACGACAACGGGGACGUCUUGCUGUACACGGGGAGCGGCGGCCGCCCGCGCAACGGCGGCGACCACUCCUCCGACCAGGAGUUCCAGCGCGGCAACCUCGCCCUCGCGUACAGCUGCAAGUACGGCGUCGAGGUGCGCGUCAUCCGCUGCCACGACUGCGACGCCAGCCCCAGCGCCAAGCUCUACGUCUACGACGGGCUUUACAAGGUCGAAUCUUCCACCUACGGCCCCGGCAAGUCCGGCCGCGAGGUCUGCCAGUUCAAGCUCGUGCGCCUGCCAGGCCAGGACGCGCUCGGCAGCAACACUUGGCGCGCCGCCAGGGACCUCACCAACGCGCUCGACGCCAAGAUCCGGCCGCCCGGCUACCUCACGAUGGACAUGUCCACGGGCAAGGAGGCGGUCGUCGUCCCCGUCCGCAACACAGUGGACCAGGACUUGUCUCCCCUCGAGUUCGAGUACCUCGCACGCCCCGAGCUCCCGGCGGUGCCCAAACCGGCGAGGCGCGUCCACAAGUGCUGCAUCUACGGCAAGACGGCGUGCGCGGCGUCCGGCUGCGCCUGCGUGAAGAGAAACGGCGGGGGCGGCCCGGCGUACAGUGCCGACGGCACGCUCGUGAGGGGGCGGCCGGUGGUGUACGAGUGCGGCGCGUCCUGCGGGUGCCCGCCUGGGAGCUGCCCCAACCGGGUGACGCAGCGCGGUAUGAGGCACCGGCUGGAGGUGUUCCGGUCCAAGGAGACGGAAUGGGGCGUGAGGACGCUGGACCUGAUCCAGCCGGGCGCCUUCAUCUGCGAGUUCACCGGGGACGUGGUCGCAGCGGAUCACCCCCGGGUUGCCAACGCGAACGGCAAUGCCAGUGCUGCCGGCGCGUCGACGGAGGAGUGGGGCGGCUUCGUGGACCCGAGGAAGUUCCCGCCGAGGUGGAGGGAGUGGGGGGACGCCGGCGAGGAACCACCCCGGUUCGCGCAGUGCCCGGCGCCGGGGUACGUGAUCGACGUGUCCACCAGGAGGAACUUGGCGGCCUACAUCUGCCACAGUGGAGCACCAAACUCGUUCGUCCAGCUGGUGGUCCGCGGCGACGAGGACGAGUCGUGCCCCCACCUGAUGGUGUUCGCAAUGGAGACCAUCCCACCCAUGCGCGAGCUCAGCAUCGACUACGGCGUCGAUCAGUGAUCGUGAUCCAUCAGCAAUGUUAUGUCCUAUUUAUCCUCGUCUUCAUUUUCAGUUGCCAUGAAUCCGUUCUGUCAUUGUGGUUGGUUGUAGCACAUGGAUGGAUGAAAGGGAGUAACCUUUCGCUC